GUGGACGCGCUGGGCUUCCCGUGCGAGGCCGCCCUCCGCCGCCUGCUGCUGCGCCUGCUGGGCUCGCAGGCGGGCUCCCACGCCGCCAGGGCCGCCACGCGCUGCUUGCUGGACCUCAGCGCAGCGGUGGACGAGGACCCCUGCGAGGUGGCGGACCGCCUGCUGGCGUGCCUGCUCAUCGACGUGGACGCCCUGCUUCGCGAGCCGCAGCCGCACGCCACCACGCUGCCGCCGCUCUGAGCCAGUGGGGCCACUAAUCAAACACCAGCGUUUGCACAUGAUGUGUGUAUUUAUAGAAAUGUACAACAUACAAAAGACAACAAAUAUAACAAGUAUAAAAAUCAACACGUUUUGUUCAUGUCCAUGUCCAGUAGAUCGCGUUGCCGCGGAGGAGAGGCUGAGCUCUGGUGAGGGGCGUGCGUGUUUUACAGAGCGCGGGGAGGCAAAUUGUCUUGAAUUUUCUUUUUAAACUCCGAAACGGAGAGGCAGCUUUUAAAGUAUUUUAAAACUGGAGAUCGCAGAGUAUGUUUGUUAUAAUAUGCGACAUUUUUACUAGAUCGUUGAGACGUAACAUAUAUAAAAUACAUAAAUAUAUAAUAAAUAUGAUAGACAAGAAUAAUCUACGAGAGUUUCACUAUGUCGAAUGAAAUAAGUACUUUUUGGUUUUAGCAUUUGGCAACAUUAUAACAGCACUAUAGUCUUACGAUCUUUUUUCUAAUGAUCUUCUGGGAUUUAAUUAUUUUAUGUUUGGUAGUGUGAAUUUGGAUAGUAAUGGAUUUGUCGAAUAUUCGCCCAAGCGGAAUUGUCCCAAUCGUUUAGAAGAAACAAACAAUUCAUACGAAUGAAAGUAUUCACUUGAAAACGAAUGUUCAGCCUCUACCUGAUAAAAUAUUUUAGUAAUUUGAAUCCCUUUCCCCACGCCUCAGAAUCUGUAGUAAACAUCACGCUCCUCGUCAGAGAACAGGGCGCCGUGUGUCAGACACGAGUGCCGCUGCGUCCUCAGUCUCUCCUAGGCGAGCGCCGUUGGAACCGUCGCGCCAGCGUUUUCACUCCACACGCACUCGGAGGCGACGGCGGCAGCGGCGAAUUCGCAAAGUCCUUGUGUGUCAUCAGCCUGGACCACGGCAUCCGCUGCUCCGCACCGCACCGCACCGCACCGCACCGCACCGCACCG